GAGACUUCCGGUUGAACCUCUGGAGGCUUCUGACAGAGUCGGAAGCUGCGGAAACCGGGAUGGUGUUGCUCGAGAGCGAGCAGUUCCUGACGGAGCUGACCAGGCUCUUCCAGAAGUGCCGGUCGUCGGGUAGCGUGUUCAUCACCCUGAAGAAGUAUGAUGGUUGCACCAAACCCAUCCCACAGAAGAGUUCCGUGGAGGGCCUCGAGCCCGCAAAAAACAAGUGUCUGUUAAGGGCCACGGAUGGGAAAAGGAAGAUCAGCACAGUGGGGAGCUCCGAAGAAGUGAAUAAGUUUCAGAUGGCCUAUUCAAAUCUACUGAGAGCCAACAUGAAUGGGCUGAAGAAAAGGGACAAGAAGAACAAGAGUAAGAAGAGCAAACCAGCAGUGACAGGCGUGGCCACUACCAACCAGCUGCACCAGUGCAGUUUUCCUGUUUGCUGCUUUCAGUACCCCUGUAUGUAACUGUUUUCACGGAAGGGUCUGUCAAGAGAGAAGGGUUGGGAUGGCCAUAGGUUAGUUGUGGUAAGGAGACAGUUUUAGAUUUGCUGUACGGCUG